GCGUCUUUUGCGGCUACGUCGUUUUCAAUAUUCAUUUUAGAAGUGAAACUGUGGAUAAAAUCAAAUAAAAGCAUUUAAAAAGUGUUACACAAUGAAUACACUGGGUCCUAAAAAGGAUGGUAGUCCCAAUAUUGACUUCUUCCAAUCGCCAGAGACUCUGCAAGGCUUUGAGUCUAUACGACUGUGGCUACAAAAAAAUUGUAAAAAAUACUUGGCGCACAGCUCGGAGCCAAUAACCAAGGAAUCACUUGCACAAUUGCUAGUACUAUUUCUGCAAUAUGUGGAGGCUAAGUUGGGCAAAAACUCUACUGAGCCGCCGGCAACCAGAAUCCCGAUGCGCUGCUUCCUGGAUUUUAAAAACGGCGGCGGUCUUUGCAUUAUUUUUUCAACCAUGUUUCGUUUUCGCGCCGAGCAACGCGGAAAGAAAUUUGAUUUUUCAAUUGGCAAGAAUCCGACACGUAAGGACCCUAACAUACAACUGCUAAUUGAAAUCGAGCAAGCACUCGUGGAGGCGGAUCUAUAUCGCAUACCAUACAUUUACAUAAGACCAGAGAUUGAGAAGAGCUUUGAGUCACGCUUGCGUGAAAUUCUUGACAAUCGUCGUGUGGAAAUAGUCACAGAGGAAGAAGAAGCUACGCAUAUUGUUUACCCUGUCGUAGAUCCGCAUCCGGAUGAAUAUGCACGGCCCAUAUUCAAACGUGGCAACCAUGUGAUGUUGCAUUGGUAUUACUUUCCAGAGUCCUAUGACUCGUGGACUGUAAAUAAUUUCGAUUUGCCCGAUAAUAUACCUGACAAUCCGGAGUCGCCAGCGGAACGUUGGCGCGUAGCAGCUUCCUGGAUUUUAGAUCUAGAGCAAUACAAUGAAUGGAUGGCCGAGGAGGAUUAUGAAGUAGAUGAACUAGGUAAAAAGAAAACGCACAAGCAGCGCAUGUCCAUUGAUGACAUUAUGUCCUUUGGUGAUGACAAAAAGAAGCCCAGUACCAGCAGUUCAACUGGAAAGCAAAAGCGGCGCCGUUCACCAUCACCCACAACUAGCACUUCGACUUCAAAGCCUGGCAAACGAAAGCGCUCGCCGGCUGUUAUACACAAGAAAUCACGUAACGAUGAUGACGAAGAAGAUCUAACACGCGAUCUUGACGAUCCGCCAGCGGAGCCCAAUAUACAAGAGGUCCACAAGUCUGCGCAUUCGUCACUUCAAUCGACAGCAAGUCCUGCUCCGGGAAACAAAUCGCGUGCUGACAAUGAUAUGAUGCCCAUUAAGGGUGGCACCAUGACUGAUUUGGAUGAUGAAAUGACAGGUGGCAGCGGUGCACAAGCCAUGUCCACAGGAGAUGGCGAUAAUUCGCAGACGGGGAAAACAAGCGAUAAUAGCAAUACACAGGAGUUUUCCUCAUCUGCUAAAGAAGACAUGGAGGAUAAUGUGACAGAGCAGACGCAUCACAUUAUUGUGCCUUCAUAUUCUGCCUGGUUUGAUUACAACUCUAUACAUGUCAUUGAGAAGCGCGCCAUGCCCGAGUUCUUCAACAGCAAGAACAAAUCCAAAACGCCUGAGAUUUACAUGGCCUAUCGUAACUUUAUGAUUGAUACCUAUAGGCUUAAUCCAACGGAGUACUUGACCAGCACUGCCUGUCGUCGCAAUUUGGCGGGCGACGUGUGCGCCAUAAUGCGCGUACAUGCCUUCUUGGAACAGUGGGGACUCAUCAAUUAUCAGAUCGAUGCUGAUUUGCGACCCACCCCAAUGGGACCACCGCCCACUUCUCACUUUCAUAUCUUGUCGGAUACGCCGUCAGGCUUGCAAGCAAUUAAUCCGCAAAAGACGCAGCAGCCAUCAGCAGCCAAAACGCUACUUGAUCUCGAUAAAAAGCCAUUGGGCAAAGACAUGCCCAUGGAGUGCGAUAAGAGCGGUGGCGCAUUAGGCAUUAAAACAGAAACUCUUGAAAAUGGGGCUGCCGGCGGCUUGAGCUCAGGCGUCAAUCAAUUCGGUCUCAAGCUGGAUCAAUAUGCCAAAAAGCCGUCGGCCAUGAAAAAUCGCACAGCUGCAAGUAUGUCACGCGAAUGGACCGAUCAGGAGACAUUGCUGUUGCUUGAAGGACUCGAGAUGCAUAAGGAUGACUGGAACAAGGUGUGCGAACAUGUGGGCACACGCACACAGGAUGAGUGCAUUUUGCACUUUCUGCGACUGCCCAUUGAAGACCCCUACCUAGAAGAUGAUGGUGGCUUUCUGGGUCCACUUGGCUGCCAGCCUAUACCAUUUAGCAAGUCGGGUAACCCAAUUAUGUCUACUGUGGCAUUUUUGGCAUCUGUCGUGGAUCCUCGCGUAGCGGCGGCUGCUGCAAAGGCGGCCAUGGAAGAAUUUGCAGCUAUUAAGGACGAGGUGCCAGCCACGAUUAUGGACAACCAUAUGAAGAACGUGGAAAAGGCCUCCGCUGGCGGCAAGUUCAAUCCAAAUUUUGGUUUGGCUAACAGCGGCAUUGCUGGCACGGGUAACGACAAGGAGGAGGAUGAAACCAAGGAGGGUGCCACAAGCAACGAUGAGGAUGCCAAGGAUGGUAUUACCAAGAAAGACGAUGAUGCCAAGUCCAAAGACAAAACGAAAUCGGAUAAGUCCAACACAAACACUGACUCGACAAGCUCCACAUCUUCCACCACAACAACAGCCAACACGACCAGCACGAACAAUAACACUGAUAAAUCUAAAUCUAAAGAAUCGUCGCCCGGCGACAAAGCCAACAAAACCGACAAAACGAGCAAUGCCUCAAACAAAACGGCUUCCAACUCCUCACCCACAGAGACGGGCACAGGCACCAGCAGCGAUGUCGAAAUUAAAAUGGAAACCGAAACGAGUGGAGAUGGCGAGAUAAAGGAAGCCACAAGUGAUUCCAACAGCGGCUCCAGCGGUAAUGCUUUAUCCAAGGAAGGCGCAUUUAGUGAAAAUAAUAUGCAAACAGCAGCAGCCGCUGCAUUGGCCUCUGCGGCAGUCAAGGCGAAACAUUUGGCAGCGCUGGAGGAGCGUAAGAUUAAAUCACUUGUGGCAUUGCUGGUAGAGACACAAAUGAAGAAGCUUGAGAUCAAAUUGCGACACUUUGAAGAGCUGGAGGCCACCAUGGAGCGUGAACGCGAGGGUUUGGAAUAUCAGCGACAACAGCUCAUCACCGAGCGUCAGCAAUUCCAUCUGGAGCAGCUCAAGGCUGCUGAGUUUAGAGCGCGUCAACAGGCACAUCAUCGUCUGCAGCAGGAGUUGCAUCAGCAAGGUCAGGCUGCCGCUGUUGCCGGUGGCAUGAUACCACCACCACAACUACAGCAACAACAACAACCGCUACCACAGCCAGGUCCGCCACCACAUCAUCAUCAGCCACCGCCGCUGCAGCAGCCGCAUCCACAUCCCCAUGCGCAUCAGCCUUUGCCGCCGCACAUAGCACCAGGGGCCCCGCCUAAUGGUGCAGCUUUUUCAGCGCCACCAGUGCUACCCCCUGCUGUUGCAGCACCGCCACCCGCACCAAUAGCUGAUCAUGCAGCUCCUGCGGCGGCGCCUCCAUCAGCGUCCAUUCCCAUGGACACAACGCCCCCAGCUAGUGCAGCGCCAACUGCUGAAGUCGGGACAGUUGCAGCGCCUCCAAGCAUUCCAGCCCCUAGCGUUGUUGCUGCUGUCGCUGCCACGGCAGCACCCCCUUCUUCAUCCUAAACGUAUAUGUAGGAAAACAAAACAUAAAUCUUAGCUUUAAGUUGCACUCUCUCAGUAUGUAUUGUAUACUAUUUUUCGCCCCUUUGUCAGCUCCCGUUUCACCUGCUCUUUUUAGUGUACUUAUAUAUUUUGUUGUAGUCCCUUCCUUGGUAGCAUCAAGUCAUGUCUUACGUCUAGAUGCGCAUUCAAUAUCUAUGUAUACAGUUUUGAACCUAGUUUCAAACCCUGCAAAAACGUCUUAAGAAAAUAAAGUCUAUU